AAGUGCAUAAGCCUAACACACUGUUGACUAAGAUCAGUCGUUCCUGGCAGUCAUGGGCUCCAUAUGCUUCUCUCUGUUGAGUAUCUUUGCACUCAUCAGUACCUGUGAUCUCCAUCCACUCAGUCGUCCUAGCAAUGGACUUCGUGAGUGCCGCAAAAACCUUAGUUCACCGGCCCUGGAGGUCCUCCCUGGGGGAGGCUGGGACAACCUGCGCAACCUUGAUAUGGGGCGAGUGAUGAACAUGAGCUAUUCCCAGUGCCAGACCUCCGAGGAUGGCAUCUACCUCAUCCCAGACGAGGUCUUCGUCAUCCCACAGAAAGUGAGCGGAGUGGAGAUGAACUCUGAGAUCAUCAGUUCAUGGCUGGAACAGAAAAGCACCACUUCAAGCUCCAUUAACGCAGAUGUGUCCUUCUUCUCUGUGCUCAAUGCCAAGUUCUCCGCUGAGAACAAACGCAUGAAAACUCAUCAAGUGAAAGGAAAUUCUGUCACAGCACGAGUACAGGUGCGUAAUCAUCUGUACACUGUUAAGGUGUUUCCUGAUUUCACUCUGGACUCCCGCUUUGCCCGUCAGGCAGAAGAAAUUGCAGAUGCCAUCGAGAACAACCAAACUCGCCAAGCAAAUUAUCUGUCAGAGAAGAUGAUUCUUGAUUACGGCACGCACGUCAUCACAAGUGUUGAUGCUGGUGCCACGUUGGUGGAGGAGGACUACUUAAAAUCCUCUUAUGUUUCUGAUGCAGAGUCCUCCCAGUCUUCUGUUUCAGCAUCAGCUGGUGCUAACUUUUUUAACAAAGUGAAGUUUGACAUAGGUGGUAAGGAAUCUCAAGAAACAUCUGAAACUCGGAGCUACCAGGGGAACAUUACAUACUCCAUAACACUAAGUCAUGGUGGGGCUUUGUUUUUUCCUGGUAUAACUUUACAGAAAUGGCAAGAGAGCACACUCAACAAUCUGGUAGCUAUUGACCGUAGUGGACUACCACUCCACUAUUUUCUCAAUCCAUCAGUGUUUCCAGACCUUCCACGUCCAACAGUAAAUAAAGUAGCUCUGUUUGUGAGUCAGGCCAUAGAUCGCUACUACAAAAUUAACACCCACCCUGGAUGUGUGAAGCCAGACUCCAAAAAUUUCAAUUUCCAAGCUAACUUAGAUGAUAAUUCCUGUGAAGGUCCCAGCACCAACCUUAGCUUUGGUGGAGUUUACCAGCAGUGCACUCCACUGACAUCAGAUGGAAAUGUAAUCUGCCAGGAGCUCGCUGAGAAAAACCCAGCCACUGGCUCAUAUUCCUGUCAGCAACCAUACACUGCUACCCUACUGCGCUCAGAAACACAGGAAAGGCCAUACAAUAACUAUGAGUGUCAUAGGCAUUGUCAUUCGUGUUGGUUGCUUUUUCACUGCUGUAAAGACAUCUGUGGAAAUGUGUACUAUGUUCGGCGUGCACGCAUUGACACCUACUGGUGCUCCACUAAUGGAGUGGCUCCAGAAUUCUCUGGGUAUCUCUUUGGAGGUCUAUAUGGACCCUCCUUGCAAAACCCAUUAACCAAAUCCAAAUCUUGUCCUCCAAAUUUCUUUUCUCAGAAAUUCUUGUCAAAUGGCUUUAUGAUAUGUCUGAGCAACGACUACGAAACAGCAACCAGGUUCUCUGUACCAUUUGGAGGUUUCUUUAGCUGCCAGUCUACCAACUCGCUUGCAGGAAGCCAGUCUCGCUGCCCACCACAGUUCAGUCAACAUCUUGCCGCCAUAAGCGAUGGAUGCCAGAUACUGUACUGUGUUCAGUCAGGUGUUUUCACUGGAGGCGAGUUAUUGCCCAUCCACCUUCCACCUUUCAUAAGACCUCCAGUGAUUGGUAUGAUAGCCACAAACACUGUAGCUGUGAUGACUGAAGGUGACCGGGCCUGGGUGAGAGUCAAAGACACAAAAAUGUGGAGGUUGGCAAAGCCUGAGGACAUCAGCCAAAUGUCCCAGAUGUUUGAAGACUCCCCUCAGUCAGCAGGGAAAAAGGCUGGUGUUGCAAUUGGUGUUACAGCUUUUUUGGCUGUCGUGGUCUUGACAGUAACAGUGUAUGUGGUGAAAAAGAGGAGGAGGUUUUCUGGGCUCAGUAGAGUCAGAGGUUAUGAGCAGAUUGAAAGUACAGAACAAAGUGAGACUAGUGUGGAGUUACCAGCAGAGCAAGAGUCAGAGAGUCAGACUGAAAACCCAACUCAAGCUCUCUUAGCAUAAUUCCUCUCUGUCACUGUGAGUUUUUCAUCUUUUGUAAUCUUCAAAGCCUGUCAAAUGAUUUCUGAUCAAGAGUGCUCAAAAUUUUUACUGCUAUUUUAAUCAAAAUAUUCUGUGAUUGUGACCUUUGUUUAUGUUAUUUUUUUCUAUAAUGAAUAAUAAAUA